UGCGCGGAUCCGCCAUACAGAGGAAAUAGCCGGGGAGUAGGUAGCUGCCUGAGAACGAGAGAGCGAAUACCACGGAUACAGCUGGUUUCUCUUCAAACAAUUAUGACCGUCUUUCCGUUGUCGCUUUCUCUCAGGUAUCUGUUUCCCGGUCGCUGAAUGGCGCUGGUUACCGUGCAGCGCUCGCCGACCCCCAGCACCAGUUCCAGCCCCUGUGUUUCGGAGUCUGGCAGUGGGGAGGAUGACCGGCGCUCUCAGCCUAGGAGUAUCAGUGAGAGCUUCCUGACAGUGAAAGGUGCCGCCCUCUUCCUGCCCCGGGGAAAUGGCUCCUCCCCUACCUCUGCUUCGCGCUUCGCUCAGCUCCGCAGCAAACAUGCAGGUGACCUCCAGCAGCACCUGCAGACCAUGUUCACUCUCCUCCGACCAGAGGACAACAUCAAACUGGCUGUCCGGUUGGAGAGUACAGUGUACCAGGGGACUCGUUACAUGGUGGUGGUCUCCACUAACGGCCGUCAGGACACCGAGGAGAGCUUGGUGCUGGGAAUGGACUUCAGUCCUGCAGACAGCUCGUGCUCGGUGGGGCUGGUUCUCCCUCUAUGGAGCGACUCACUGAUACACCUGGAUGGAGACGGGGGUUUCAGUGUGUCCACUGAUAACAGGAUCCAUGUAUUCAAGCCUGUGUCGGUGCAGGCCAUGUGGUCUGCUCUGCAGUCGCUCCACAAGGCGUGUGAGGUGGCUCGUUGCCAUAACUACUUCCCCGGCAGCCUGUUCCUGACCUGGGUCAGCUACUACCAGAGCCGGGUCUCCUCUGACCAAUCACGCAUCAACGAGUGGAACGCCAUGCAGGACGUCCAAUCACACCGUGCCGACUCUCCCGUGAUGUUCUCUGACGUGCCGACGGAGAGAGAGAGGACAGAGCGGCUCAUCAAGACUCGUCUGAGAGAGAUCAUGAUGCAUAAAGACCUGGAGAAUGUCACCUGCAAAGAGAUCCGCACAGAGCUGGAGGUACACAUGGUGUGUAACCUGUGUGAAUUUAAGGAGUACAUAGACAAGGAGAUGAUCCUGAUCCUGGGUCAGAUGGACAGUCCCACUGAGAUAUUUGACCAUGUUUACCUGGGCUCUGAGUGGAACGCAUCCAAUCUGGAAGAGCUGCAGAACAGUGGUGUGCAGUAUAUUCUGAACGUGACGAGGGAGAUCGACAACUUCUUCCCAGGUGUGUUUGAGUAUCAUAACAUCCGUGUGUAUGAUGAGGAGGCUACAGACCUGCUGGCCUAUUGGAACGACACCUACAAGUUCAUCUCCAGAGCCAGGAAAGCAGGAGCUAAGUGUUUGGUUCACUGUAAGAUGGGUGUGAGUCGCUCUGCGUCCACGGUGAUAGCCUACGCUAUGAAGGAGUACGGCUGGGACCUGGAGAGAGCAUUCAACUACGUUAAGGAGCGACGUGCUGUCACCAAACCUAACCCGUCCUUCAUGAGACAGCUAGAGGAGUACCAGGGCAUACUGCUGGCCAGUAAGCAGAGACACAACAAGCUGUGGCGUUCCCACUCGGACAGUGACCUAUCGGAGCACCACGAGCCGCUAUGUAAGACCGUCCAACACCCCCACACCCUGGGCCGCUCCGACCCUCGUAACCAGGGUAACAGCCCCGCCGCCCCCUCCCUGCAGGAGCUGCUGCAGCCGCUGGGAUCCCCCUCCAUCACGGGCCAGGUGGUGCGGUCCAUCUCUGAGUGUGGGACCCCUUCUAGUGCAGGGAAGGUGGUACAGUCCAGUAGCCUGCCCAAUGCUACUACUACCCAGGAGACUAGGACUGAUUCUCUGUUGACCUUCACAACUGGGGACCAGUCAUUGGGUACUGGGGACCAGUCAUUGGGUACUGGGGACCAGUCAUUGGGUACUGGGGACCAGUCAUUGGGUACUGGGGACCAGUCAUUGGGUACUGGGGACCAGUCAUUGGGUACUGGGGACCAGUCAUUGGGUACUGGGGACCAGCCAUUGGGUACUGGGGACCAGCCAUUGGGUACUGGGGACCAGCCAUUGGGUACUGGGGACCAGCCAUUGGGUACUGGGGACCAGCCAUUGGGUACUGGGGACCAGCCAUUGGGUACUGGGGACCAGCCAUUGGGUACUGGGGACCAGAAUCCUUCAACAGCAGCAGCUACUACUGCCUCCACUGGUUCCCAGGCCCAUGGGGAGUCUGUGUGUUCCCAGUCACCCUCUCUCUCCAACGGCCUGUGUGAUUAUGAAGAGGACCACUCAACCCCUCUCCCUCAGCCGCGGGCGGCCACCGUGGUACCUGACAUUUCCACUGUCACCGUGGCGGAGACCGUGCCGGUCAGGCGCCCUCAUCCGCCCCCUAUCCAACACCACCGUGUCUCCCCCGCCGCCCUUCCAACCUCCUCCGAUGAAGACGAGACUCCGAAAGCCAAGGAGCCGUCCACCACCUUGCCUAAGGAAAAAUACUGCCAGCUGCAGGUGACACCAUCCGUGCCUGAGUCAUCGUCGAUGACCCCGGAAACAAGCACACAAACAGCAGGACCACGAGAGCCGUCCACACCAGUGCCUGACAAGAAACUAGACUGUGACCAGAGGUUACCUGGGGCAUCAUUGGACAGUUCAGCAUCCCAACAACCCUCCAGUAUUGAGGUACUCAUCAUUAGCCAGCCCAGUGCCCCCCCUCAGGACCCUGCUCUCGAGGCGGCGGGGUCCUCGGCUCUCAGCACAGACCACAUCAACUUCUUCAGCGCCAGAGAGAAGUUCCAGGGCCUGACUCAGGAUGGGAGGACCCGUUGCCUUUCUGAUCAGGCACUGCAGCAGACACCUCAGUCCAUACCCAGGGAUCCAGGACAGGAGCAGCAGCAGCAGGAGGACCCCUCUGUUGUGGCGACUGGGGAGGGAGAGGAGGAGGUCGAGGAGAGGAAGAGGGAGAGCAUUGUCUCUGUUCACCUCAUAGUCACCGAACUGGAGUCCAUGACGCACACUGUGGCCCCUCCCCCUGGCCCUCCCAGCCAACCAGAGCCUACUGCUUCCCAGGACCACGAAGUGGGUCAGUCAAACCAGGAAGUAGAGGGCAAAGAUGCAGAGUCACAGCAGGAAGUGGACGUUGUCAAAGAGGAAGUGAAGGACGAAGCAGAAGAGAUGGAAGCAGUCUCCCACUCUCCUCCCGCCCCUCACUCUGCUGAUUGGGCGAUGGGCUCUGUGCGCCGCGUCACCCAACAGCUGGAGCAGCGAAUGAGGCAGGACUCCCCUUCCCCACCUCCACCUUCCCUCCCCCCCCACCCACCCCCAUCGUCGCUCCCCUCUCUUCUCUCACUCAAGAGAACACUCCCCUCCUGCCUCUCACUCCUUCCCAGAGACAAACUCCAACCCCCAGAAUGCACCACUUGGCCCGCAGGGGUCAGAGUUAGCACUGUGCAGGAAAAGGGUGGGGGCUGUAGUCCUAUGGAGGAAGAUGGAGGACAGGACGCUUGGAGAGAAGGUUUACAUGAAGACAGUGUCCAAAUGCACAAACACAACCUUAGUGAUGGCAGCCUUGCAUCUACCCUCCACCCUACCCCCGUGACCCCUCAACACUCUUCCCCCAUUACCCCUCUCCAUCCUACCCUAAACUCUGCCCUCGCCCCCCUCUCUUCAGUGGAUUUCCUGUGUCUGGAGGGGGUGACAGAGUUUGAGUCGGGCACAGACUGGGACAGUCUCCCGGGUCGAGGACCCCCCGGUGACGACGACAUGAGGGAGACAUGGGAAACUCUGCGGGAGCUGGGGGCGUUCCUUCGCCAGGUGAGCGGUGGCGGAGCCAAGGUACCCAGGUGUGUGGGCCAGGUGUGGGGGGAAGGUACACAGGCGAGGCAGAAGAGGGUCAGGGGUGGCGACAGGCAGAGAGCCAGGGAGGUGGAGUCACGGAUUCGCCAGGCUGGGCUGACACAGCCCUCCCUGAUGAAGCGCUCUGCCUCAUUGGCUAAGCUGGGCUGCUUAGACCUGUCGGCCAAUGACCUGAGCAAUUGGGAUAUUGGCCCCGCCUCUCCGGCGACACCCGCUGUGGAACUUCUCCUUCCUUCCACAGAAGCUGACGAGUCCUCCAGGAAACUGAGGGUGCUGUUCCACAAUGCCCUGUGUCCUUCUGUCUCGACCAGCAGGCAAGAGUCCCUCACCAACAGAGCGGAGAGGCCUUGUGACAGCGGGGACACACCCUCAGAACACUUGCAUUCUCCUACGUCCAAUCAAGGCCGGCAGAAGGAGAAACAUCCUGACUCUGGCCUUGCCCUCUCGCUGACGUCUGACCUGAUCUCCGUGGCAACACGACAGCAGUAUGGAAGGACACACCCCCUACGUAGGCUGAAGAAACGGACUGUCAGCACCCUCUACCACACUAUGUGACCCUCACUGUGUGUGUGUGUGUGUGUGAGAGAGAGCGUGAGAGAGACAGAGUGAUGAGAGCUGGUCAAACGCCAGCCACUUCCCUUAGCCCCUACCACCUUCCCUGGCAGAUGAUAGUCAGAUGUGUGGACAAUAUGCCGGCCGCCUCUAGGAUCAUUGGAAGGCUCGAUGGAUUAUAGCUAACACAAAGCUGAUCUCUUCAGGGCAUCGUGUAUGCAGUGACUCCUAGGAUGUGUAAUGUUUCUUGUUGCAUACUGUAUGUAGUGACUCCUAGGAUGUGUAAUGUUUCUUGUUGCAUACUGUAUGUAGUGUGUAUUUGAGUCCUUUUGUUUUCUAUUUGUUGGGAGUCUGAACUGUUUGUGUGAAGCAGAAUAUCUCCAUAAGUUUUAAAAUGUUUGUCACUUUUGUGUACAUAAUAGGAAGUGUGUGUGUGUGUGUGUGUGUGUGGGGGGGGGGACUGAAAAGUGCAGUUUCUCCCUUCCCUUUCUAUCAGAAAUAACAAUGAUAUGGGGAGGUUUCUCAAAUAUGCACUUUACUGUUUUUUUUAAUUUAUGUAUGGUUCCUACCCCUGAAUGUGAGUUCAAUAGUUGUGAGUAUUUUACAGUGCAGAAAUGUCAUUUCAUUUUAAAUCUGUAAAUAUUCUAAUUUUUGUAUGUGCUUCAACUGUGACCAAUAAAUAAUGACAACUUCGAUUUUUUUCCUCAA